UGCGGCGGAGCCGUUUCUAGCCGGAGCUGUUAUUGUGCUCGCAGGUUGAAAUGUGCGGUGAUGUUUUUAGGAUGAAAGUUUAUUUAAUUCGUGUUUUAAGAGCUGUUUUCAGUCUCGGGCGGCUUAUUCUCCCUUAAUCUCCUGCACAGAUAGCAGACACUUGUAAGAAAAAGAACACAAAAAAUCAAAAUAAAAUGAAUGUGUUUCGGAAUCGUGUGGCCGUGCUUGGCCUGGUGUUGCUCGCCACAGUUCUUCUGUAUCUUCUGCUGCCGGCGAUGAGGCAGGGUAGUAUGGAGCCAUCUCUCGCCGUCCAGCGGAUGGCGCUCAUUGCCCCUUCUGUGCCACCUUCAACUCCAAACAUCACUGUCCGCACAGGACAGCUGCCCAGCGACCCACCACUGUUCUUCAGGGAGGCACUGCCCAUCGACUCUGCAGGGAGGCAGAUACUGCCCAGGUUGCAGGUGGUCCUCCUGCACGGCCAGGCUUUCACCUCUAAAACCUGGGAGGAGUUGGGCACGCUCAGUUUACUCGCAGCUAACGGCUAUCAGGCCCUCGCAUUGGACUUGCCUGGUUUUGGUAAGUCUCCGGCCUCAGAGUCAGUGAAGUCAGAUCAGAACCGUGUGGAUUUGCUGAAGCGUUUUCUCGAGGCUUUAGGGGUCCGGGCGCCGGUGCUGUUGAGUCCGUCCAUGAGUGGUCACUACGCUCUUCCGUUUCUACAGAAAUACAGCAGUCAGCUCCACGGCUUUGUGCCCAUCGCUCCGGUUGCCACUCGCACACUCACACCACAGCAGUACCAGGACAUCCAGACCCCAACGCUGAUUGUGUAUGGUGAGCUGGACACUAAUCUGGGUGCUCAGUCUCUGAAGAACUUGCAGCAGCUUCCCCGCCACACUGUGGUAAAAUUGUCCGGAGCGCGACAUGCCUGCUACAUGGACAAACCUCGUGAAUUCCACCUGGCCCUGCUGGACUACCUUAAUAAACUGGACUGACACUGGGCCAGCAGUAUGUGAGAAUUGUACAAGUGAAGAUAGAAAGAUGAAGGGAGAAAAAAAUGUGUUCAUAAGAGUUGGUUAAUAUUCAUUAUUUCAUUUAUCCAGUCUUUUCUAACAUCCUCAUAGACAUCGUUGAAAUUACAGUGUUGUUUGCUAUAUGCCUAAUUUGGCACAGGUAAAAAUCGGUGCCAUCUAAUGGUUUACUUCGGCGCCCUCUAAUGGGCAUGUGUUGUUGAUGUCUUUGAUAAGUUAUUUCUCAACUCUAAAACACUAACAAUAUGUCUGUUACAGUGAACGUCAUGAUUGCGUUUGUGCUUUAAUUCUGUUGCAGACUCUCAUUUGUAGUUGCUGCUUUUUGCAAACACUCCAAUAGUCAGAUAGUCUGAGUAUUGAGUCAUGAGUGGCUUUUUUUCUUUUGUUAAACAUGCAGUCGAGCUGCAGCUUUACAAAAUGCUAAUACUGUCCAUCAGGGACCUUACGAUCGGAUAUCGCGAUAUUGUCAGUUUUGAAAUAUUUUCUGUCAUUGACUGAAAUUAUUUUUGUAGUAAUGACAGAAAAUUCAAAAGUCUGUCAGUCAUUUUGACAGAAAGAAUGAAAGAAAGUUUACUAUGCGAUGAAGUAAUUUACACCCAUGUCCAGUAGGUGUCCAGGAGUGCACAUAUAAAUUAUGUUACAUAAAUUAUGUAAGCUAUUUUCUAGUGUUGGCUUUGAUUUCAUCUCAUUUCUAAUUGUAUUGUUAGGCUCAAUUGCUAUGUUCUAUAACAAAAAACUGUUAUAAAAUUUACCUUUUUAAACCAAAUUUGGAAUCCCAAUUACCCCACCUACUCUUUAGUGCUACCUUAGAUGUAGCAUCGCCAAUAUCUUACUCGAAGUGAUGAGGGUAGAAAACGCCAUCUAGCAACCCAAAGAGAGCAUAGCUAAUCAUACUCUCUCAGACUCCGGCUGCUGAUGCCAAGAGGCGUGACCCGAGACUCGAACCGGCGCUCCUUGGUUUACAGUGGUAGCACCUUAAGUUACCUGGACCACAGAGAACCCCAAAAUUAAAUAUCUGAAGAAAAAAUUUAAUGACAAGUGAUAGUAGAUUUUGAUGUAAUUGCUCGUCUGUCGAAUGACGGACAAAAAGGACGUCUAACACAGCAUCUGAUUGUGAUGUGUAAUGUUCAUUAUUGUUAUAUUUAUGCAUUCUUUAAUGCAUUAAUGCCAUCACACUGGUAUUACCUAGUGUAAAUGAGUUUAUGAAAGACUGCAUUAUUAGUAAUUCUAUUAGUAUUCAAGCUGUCAGCAGAUAAGUUUAGGGAGGAGUAUUACAUAGAGUUAAGGAUUAGAUGUGGACGAACUUGUUUAAGCCCUUAAAACUUGUUUUAAUGACUGAACACCGAGCAGCGUUAGGUAAAUGCAGUAACUACUGUAAUCCACGUAUGAAUCAUCAGCAAACUCCUUAAAAUUAAAGGCAUGACAGUCGAGCCAGAGCUCCAUCAUGAUGCUUAGCAAAUAUUUUAGUUUUAUAUGGUUUAUAAUUCAUUUUUUGCAGCAUGAUUAUCCAUGCAUCUCCUUCCUCUUUAGCAUAGUAUGUUGUGCUGAAAUUCACUUCUGGUUUCCUGUUGUGAGGCCAGGAGAGUUUAAGAGCGUUUUAGAACAUUUUAGAGAAUGUUUACACACGACAGUAGCAUGCAGUUUCUACCUUCCCCUCUCAUUUUUAGAGAGCUGUCCCCCUGCAGAGUUUAGAUCCAGUCCUAAUCUAACACAGCUGAGCUAGCUUAUGAAGGAUAUCAUACACAUCUCAAUAUUAAACACAGGUGUAUGAGCUUAAGAUCAGAAAUAAAGUGAAUGUCCGGGUGAAGAGCUGGGCUGACGUUUUUUGGCCAGUCUGCGUUUUUGUGUUUUCGCUGAUUUAAAGCAAAUAACUCGGAAGGAAGUCUUGCAAAAGUCUUGCAUAGUUUCUGCUGGUUCUCUCUCUGAAGCUACGAGGCUAAUGUAGCUAAUGACUAAAACCUGUAAAAGAUGGUUAACCAACUAGCAUGGUGCUAACUGCAUGUAAAAAUCAUCACACUCACUCAUAAAACUGUGUGGAGGUGUUUAAAUAAGCUGUGACAAACUUGAUUAUGUGGUCCCUUGUCAUAUCUAAAAAAGCUUGCCUAGUGGUCAUUACUUGGCAACCACGUUACACUUGUUGCUACAAGAUCCCUGUAUGUGGAGUUUGACACUGAUUUAACAACAACUGGAUGUUCAGUUUGUUGAAUUUGUUAAAUCUGCAUUAGUUAUUUGUUGAAUAUGGUUGCUUUCAAAGAAAAUCAUGUAUUUAAAAUUUAAUGAUGACCAGAUUUAUAGAAAUGCUCCAGUAUUACUUGGCAGAAAAUGUCAUUAUAUUGAAUUCCAUAGAAAGUUAAUAAGGGUUUUCAUACUCCUGUAAAGUUAUAGGUUUCCCAGUGCUGAUGAUAAGAUGAGUGCAUGUUAGAUUUACAUGCUGUGGUAUUAUGAAUAGUUCUGUGAGAGGACUGAAGAUAUUUUUUUCUCAUUAUCAGUAUCAGACAGGGCAUGGUUAUUAUUUACAAAUAGUCAUUAGUAGUCAAAAAAAAAUAUUAAUAGCCUAUGUUGCUUUUGCGUCCAGGUUAGUCUUGUCUGUUAGAGGUCAAAAGCUAUUUAUUUAUUUAUGUUUCAAGAGCUUUUUUUAUCCAUUAAAUGCAUAUGUGCAGCGUAUAGUCUAUUGUCUGUUUUGGUCUAUAGCUUGUAAAACUUUGUUUAAAAAAAAAAUGCUGAGUUAGCACUAAUCAAAAACCAAACUGGCGUGUAUUUAAAAAGAGAAAUGUCUAAGUUAACCACAUUAGGUAAAAUGAAAGCCAGGAUUGUGUAAUAUAAGACGUAAAGGAUAUCCACACUGAACAAUCCUUACUUUUGACUGAAGAUGUCCUGCUUUAUUGAGGAAUUCUCUGUGAAAAUAUCUGAAAUGUGCAGUGAGAGAGUAAUUUUCAGUUUGUAACAUGUCUGUGCGUUGGAUUUAAUGGAAAAUAAAGUCAUAAAAUGUCAA